UUACCUUGAAUAACCUGUGUUUAACCUUGCGAUUUCGAUAAAUUCGAAAUCUUGCCUUAAAUAAGCCUUGAUAUUUGAGUGAAAGGUCAGAUCAAAAUAAUCUUACUCGAUGUGAUGUGAUAUUCGUUGUGAAUUUGUUAUAGAAGCUUGAUGAAAGAAAAUGGCCUAAAUCUCCGACAUGUAUAUAGUUUUUUGAGAUGAUAAGGAAACACGCAUCCCAUUACCAGAGAGCACUUCCAGGAUGAAUUUGUUUAGGAACGGUAUAGGGCUGGCCAGGAAGGCGACGAGAAUGAAUUCUUCCCGCGUCUUCUAUUCUUGGCCGGUCACAUGUACUUUUCACCAAAAAAGCUUUAUCGUUUUGAACGAGGACCGAUCCAGGCAGGUCCGGCGGGCUUCGACGGGUGUCAAGCACGGAGGCGAGCUCACAUUCGCGGAAUGGAUCGUCAACAGUUCCUCGGAUAAGAUCCGACCUUAUCUGAAGUUGAUGAGGCUGGACAAGCCGAUCGGGUCGUGGUUGCUCUUCUGGCCUUGCGGCUGGAGCAUCGCGCUCGCCGCGGAUCCCGGCUGCUUCCCCGAUUUGAAAAUGCUCAUGCUCUUCGGUGCCGGGGCAUUGGUGAUGCGCGGCGCGGGAUGCACCAUCAACGACAUGUGGGACAGAGACAUCGACCGGAAGGUGGAGAGGACAAAGGAUCGGCCGUUGGUCAGCGGCGCCCUGUCCAUCACUGAUGCUUGGGUGUUUUUAGCCGCGCAGUUAAGUGUGGCGUUGAUCAUUUUAUUACAACUGAACUGGUACAGUGUUUUCCUGGGUGCCAGCUCCCUCGGUUUGGUUGUAAUCUAUCCGUUAAUGAAAAGGGUCACGUACUGGCCACAACUGGUAUUGGGGAUGACGUUCAAUUGGGGUGCUUUACUCGGCUGGUCUGCACUCCACUCCUCCAUCGACUGGGCCGUCUGCCUUCCCCUGUAUCUUUCUGGGGUCUGCUGGACCAUCCUGUAUGAUACGAUAUACGCCCAUCAAGACAAAAAAGACGAUACACUACUUGGGAUCAAGUCUACAGCUUUGAAGUUCAAUGACAAGACGAAGCUCUGGCUCAGCGGUUUUGGUACCGGAAUGAUAGGCGGACUCUGUACAUGUGGCAUUCUCUCUGAACAGACUUGGAUCUACUUUGGAACCGUGGGGGUCAUUGCAGGUCACAUCGUUCAUCAGCUGUAUUCGUUGAACAUUGAUAAUGCAAUAAACUGUAAUGAGAAGUUUAUAUCAAAUAAACAAAUAGGUCUACUAUUAUUUAUGGGUAUUAUUGCAAGUAACAUGCUCAAAACAAAAAAACAUAAAGAAUUAGAUAACAUUUCAAAAACUGUGAAACCAAACUAGUCAAACUAAAUAAUAAUUGUAAAAAAUGUACAAUAUUAUCCUCCGUUACCACUUAUAAUGAUUGUUUGUGAUUUUAGUUUUGUAAAAAUACAGUUUUUAAUUUUUUGUUUGUUAAUUUUAUUUCUUAAAUAGUAUUGAAAUGUUCUUCCUUGCCAAAGUGAUCAAAUAUUUAUUAUUUAUACAUAAAGCUGUUAAACAAGAACAACGUAUUCACAAUGUAUUUUUUUUCUUCCAUAAAUACAUACUUUAAAAUUUAAAUGCCUUAGGCAUUUCAUGACAGUAUGGUAUAAUUAAUUUACAGAAAAUAAACUGUUUAAAAAGGUUAUGUUUUUGUCUAAAUUCUAAUUCUUAUACAAUUGUUCUAUGUUAACCUUGAUUACUUUUCAAAAAUUUGACAUUUCAAUGUAAUGUAUGCAAAUGUAUUUUCAGUUUUGUUACAACUACUAUAGACCAUCUCUAUAACGUUUUUUGUUAACCAAUGAGAAUAAAUGUGUAGUCAUGAUAAUAGUAAUAUGGGAAAACAAACUCGGAAAUAAAAUCAAUUAUCUUCAGUUAGAUCAUCUUUUAUUCCAUUGUUAAAAAAAAAUAAUAAUUUAUAGUAUGUUGAAAGAAUUGUAUGUGAAAACAAUACCAACAGAAAAAUGAAUUGCAUGAAAAUUUAUUAUCAUGAAAAAUACAAAAUACUUUUUUUUCUCAA